CAAUUUCUUCUACCGGCGAUGCCAACGGAUCCCUUGGAGUAUAUCGCUCCCUUGUCGGGUAUGGCGGCCGCUACUUCAGCAUCAUCAGAGAAGAAACCUAUUCGGCUAAAGCUGUCUGGGAGAAAACCUGCAGCAACCACUGUCAGCGUGCCCGUGAUGGAAGAGACGCCCAACGCGAGUCGUGAAGUUUCCUUAGCUUCCGACCUGACCAGUCCUGGCCGUGCUUCGAAAAAGAGGAAAAUCUUUGUGGCACCUACGCUGAGCGCGUUUCAGGCGGUGCAAGCCGCAUGUGCAAUUUCACCAGGUACCUUUGCGGGAAUAUCAUCCGGGGGUGUGCCAUCCACUGUUGUUUCGACUAUGGCGGCGUCUUGUACUGGUAGUACCAGCAUGCCUACGAGUCCACAAGUUUCAGCGUCAUUCGCUCCCGCUGUGAGCUGCAUCAUGCCCAUUCCUAGUUCUACGGUAUCCAUAGCCGUAACUUCCGAGCCGCUGCCCUCGCUUCGAUCAGGUGGUUUUGACACAACCCUUCCUGAAUCGCCCAAGGACAUGUUUGCUGGUUUUGACACCAAUGCUGCUGCCGCGUCGACCGCGCAUGAGGCAACUAGCGUGGGUGGAGGCGAUAAUCGUGCGUCGAGCAGCGGCAUUGCUGACGAUGGUGCCCGCUUGAUUGAUGAUUUGUUUAUACCUACCGUUUGUUGGGAUCCUCAUGCCCAGGAUAAACGUUACCAGCCUCAAUGGAAGAUUGCUGAAUCUUCCCGACUUAUCUUUCCUCCAGUUGUCCAACAUUGGGUUGAGAGGGCGUACCCCCCCGCUGAAGCGGCGUAUGUUGAGGGGUUAAACAAUGAGGAUUUGAUGAAUUCGUCUAUAUCAGAUUCUGUGACCCUACCUCGCCGGUUGGUAGAGAUACGGCGCCGGUGGGUGCGUGAUAACACCCAACUUCAUGAGGCCCGGGUCAUUAUCCAAGAACUGAGGGAUGACAAGCAUCGCCUCGAAAGUCAACUGCAGACCGCUGGGUUGAAAGAGGCCCGAUUUCUGUCAGAGAAGAAUAAGGCCGAGGAGGAUUUGCGGAGGGUAACUGAACAUCUCGCUGAGGAAAGGAUCUUAUGGGCCCGCGAUAUGGCGGAAAAAGAUAGGGUUUUGGCUCAAGCGAAAAAUGUACAAGAGGAGUUGGAACGCAAGGCUGUGGCAGAGGCUCAGAAGGUGAGACACGAGUUAUCGGCCCAAUUGGAAAAAUUUCGUGUUGACACUGAUUUUGUGUCCCAGGUUCAGGAGCGGUACCAGGAUUUGACAACCGAAGUGGAGACCUGUCAUACCAAGAUCCGACUGAUGCAGGGAGAGUUGGAGGAGCGUGAGGCAAAAUUCAAGGAGAUGCAAGAUCAUUGUGAUUCCCUUGUCACCCAAAACAAUAAGCUUGCUGCAUCGUCGUCUUCAAAGUUAAGGGAGGUGGAGGACGCGCUGGCACAAUCCCAUGCAGAGAUCGAUGAUUUGACCAACCAGCUAGCGGCUAUGCGGGGAGACAGGAAUUGGUUGAUAACUAAUGGGCUAGUGGGGGCGUUCGAAUUUCUGCGUGAGUCGUCCCACUUUACUAGCCUGAUUGACCGUCUUUCCGCCGCUGCCUACCAAGCUGGUCAUCAUGAUGGUGUACUUAAGGGCUACAUGGACUGCCAGCAAGCGGAAAGAGUCCCGCCGGACUUCCAAACCCUCAAAAAUAAGUUACAGGCUGAUAUGGCGAAAGCUCUUGAAGCUGCGUACACCGAACCUCUACCUUGCUAUGGCGAUCUGAUGGAUAAAGUUAAUGAAGAUGGAAUAGACUCGCUACGUCUGAUGCUGGACCCUGCGGACGAGUCCGAAGAAGACUGACCAUUCCGUUAUUCAUUUGUUUUGCUCGUUG